AUGAUUUUAACGGAGACGGAGAUUAUGCUAUAUGUGAUAGAGAUGUUGUUGAAUGCAUUCGGAUUCUUUGUCAGUUUUCUGUUCCUAUACGUCCUCUGGCAGACAAAGUUGUUUCUUCGGAACCACAAAUUCUACUUGUCAAAUGUGGUCAUCGCAAAUAUUGUCACCAUCGUCUUCAGGUUUGUAAUUUUUUAAGUUUUUGUGUAAAAUGCAUGGACACGUGUUCUAUUGUCCUUCCGGAAAGCAUGACUGCAAUCGGCGACACGCAUCAUGAUAAAAAAAUGAAAAGAAAAAAAAGAAAAUGAAAGCUUUUUUAAACUUUUUCGCACCGUGCAAUUUGUUGAUUUUUGCACCGUAUAAUAGGGUUUUUGCGCUACUUUGACUUUCUUUGAUUUCGGGGGCCGGCAACGAGGUUGAAACUUGUUUUUGUUGCAAAAAAAUACAGAUUUUUAUGUACAGGGUGCGGCAAUUGUUCGGCCGGAUUUGAAUUGCCUAUAACUUUUUUAGUUUUUAUCCGAAUGUUAAAAUUCUUUUUUUCCCUGAAUCCUCAGACAACCCCAUUUUGUUUAAUACCAAAUAUGUUAUAUAUACAGGGACCUAGUUCAUAGUUAUUGGCUUUUCGGUCGUUUUCUCUGCUUUUUCAGCGUGUGCGAAAAUCGCCAGAAAAAAUGGCUUGUUUUACGAAUUUUGUCGUGAAAAGUUUCAUGCCUGUUCAUGCCAUGGAUAAUACCGUUUCCACAAAAAAUCAGCUAUCUCCGCACAAAACUAGCGAAGAUAUAGCCAAAAAGUUUUUCUGUGUGACCACUCAUGUGCCCUCCUGACCGCCAAGAAUCGUUGAAUAUCUUGGUCGCCCCUGAAAGGUGCGGGCUGAAACUUUCAGGAAUUGAUGUGUGGCCUAUGUCCGGCCCAUGUGCAAAAUAUAACAUAUUUGGUAUUAAACAAAAUGGGGCUGUAUAUGGAUUCAGGAAAAAAAAGAAUUUUAACAUUUGCCCAAAAACUAAAAAAGUUACGGCCAAUUAAAAUCCGGCCGAAAAAUUGCCGCACCCUGUACAAGGCCAAAAAUGUGCAAUUUUAGGAGGCUCUUCUGAACUUAUUAUGCAUUACUUAAAAAUGCGAUAAGUUCAAAAUAAUUUGUGAAAUAGGGCUAGUGCACAGCGAGCUUCUCUUUAACGGAACCCUUCUGCAGAAAACAUGUUUCGUUCUGUUGCGAUUUUGUUGCACAGAAAGUGGACUCUAUUUUUCCAGGUACCCCCAGCUGAUCCAGCUGCUCUCCGAAAAGAAGUUGUAUUCGGACGAGACCAACGCCAGAAUCGUUCAAGUCCACGACAUGGCGGACAGUGUUGCGGUCAACAUGAUUGUUCAGCUGAUCAUUUUUGGCGAUGUGACGGCAGUUGUUAUGGGCAAAGACGAGAUGAGUCUGCUCUGGGUGAUAUUGCUUUGUUGUUUAUCGGUAGGUCAUUGUUAUUUGGUGUGUCGGAAAAAUAAUGAGCAUUCUGUCGCAGCGAAAAUCGUAUCGUUGACGAAAAAAAUGAAUUGUGUCGCAAAAAGAUCAAAUUGCUUUUCACUUCAGCGACGAGAUUGGCGCAGCGACAAUGUGCUUAUUGAUUAUAAAAUACGAGGAAAAAAUUUUUUUUGAAAGUGCAAACACCCCGUCAAGUUAAUUUUCUGUACGAAUUAAGUCUGGUCCCUAGAACAGCUGAACUUCACAUCUCCUUCAUUCAUUUUCCAUAUAAUGCAACAGAAUAUUUGAGUACAAAAGUGCAUAGAUUUAUUUUUAAUAGAUCACAUGACACUUCAAAAGUCGGAAAUUGACGUAAAAACGAAAGUGUUGAACCUUCAUUGUGUAGAUGUGUUGUAUUAUACAUAUGAAUUAUUUUUUAGAGGCUACAGGUUACAAGAUAUAUUACAUAAUAUAAAAAACAUAGUUGUGAGGCUUCGGUUUUGCUCAUUUUUGGACGUUUAGCACUGAGAGUCAGAGUUGAUUCAAAAUUUGGAACUACCAGGAAAAAACUUGACCCAAAAUUUGGAACUUCGGUUUUCCAGGGGAAGACUUUACCCACAAUUUAUAAAUUCGGUUUUGGAGGGGAAGACAUGACCCAAAAAUAUGAAUUUUGAUUUGAGAAAGCAAGACUUGACCAAAACUAGGAAUCUCAAUUCUUUAGGAAAAAACUUGACUCAGGUUGCAGAUAUUUUGGAUUUGUGUCUUUUCUCACACCAUUCUUUGAUGUUUUUCUGUAAAUUUUGAAGCUUUCUUACGACAAUUUUUUAAGCGAAGACUUGACCCAAAAUCGGUUACUGUUUAUGCCACUAUCAAAUAAGCUUUCAAAAUGAGUUCCAUGGAAGGGCUUUCUAUUAAUUUUAAAAUACGACGAAAACACAUCAAAAAAACGUAGCUAACAACAAACUUUCUGGUACAUAUUUAAAUUUUUGCUUUUCAGUGGGUCCUCGGAGAACUUAACAUCCAAUUGGGUGCUAUGAACAUACCUCCUCCAUUAUAUUCGCAGGCUCUUAUGGAGUGCGUAAAUAUUAUUUGUUGGAUCGCAUUCUUUGGUCUGAUCUACAUGGGCAAGGUGAAAUAUCGUCAGCAAACCGUUGGAGAUAUCAAACACAAGUACAGAGUGAGUUUUUACCCGAUUUGGCUCAUGAGAGGAAGACUUGACGCUUUGGGUCAAGUGUUUGCCUGAAGUGUCAAGUCUUUCUCUGGAUGAUUUUAAUAAAAAAAACUGUGAUUUCUAUGCUUUCAGAUAAGUAUUUGUCUUCGAACAUUGGCCGUGUUGAAGGUUAUGGCCAUCUGCAGUGCAAUACGAAACUUUAUUUGCAUCAAUGUCAUCAUCUCGUUGUUUGUCUGGAUACGACCAAAGUAAGUUUUUUUUUGGUUGCUGAAGAAAUCAUCUUCGAAGAAUGUUUUUAAAAUACGGCUGGGCCAGUUCUAAGCAGACAUACUUUUUGUAGCAAAGACGUUGACGGUGAGCGCUUCGUCUCCUUCUUCUACGACCUCACACUGGCCUUUUACGCCGCAAUUGUGCCAUUCCUGAUGAUCUGGAGCCAUGAUGAGAUGCAGAAAACCUAUGGGUGAGAGUUUUUCCAAUCACAUCACCCUUUGCCUUCUCUCAACUGUCUCAUUCUCUCGACCCAAAAAUUCAGGUUUUUCAGCAGACUCUGCGCCAACAAAUUCGAAUCGCCCAUAACGAAGGUGAGCGUCACCACCACCAACAAUGAGGUCAAGUUCAUUGCGAAGAAUGUGGUUGGUGACGUCAUCACGGCCAAUCCGCAGGACGAAGCCAAACAUCAUUUCCAACAACUGCAGAACAAUUGGAAUACACGGAGAUUGUCUGUUCAGCAUGUACCGCAGAAAAGUCAAAGGAAUAUCACAUGGAGCAAGGGGGACUCCUUGCACUAA